GGCAACAAAACUGCGAGCUGGUCACUAGUCACUGGUCACUAGUCACUAGUAGUACUGCGGUACUAGCCUAUAUGGAAUCAAGAGCUAAUAAUAGCCCAUGAGCGAGAGCGACAGCUGUCGUGGAGUUUGGGACCGGGAGUGGAUUCAGCAGGAUUGCAUCAUCCGCCACGUUCAUACCGAAUCACACGGUUCAGCAGCUGCAGCUCACAGCUGUUCUCACACUGUCACUAGUCGCGCGAAGAAGUGUAUGUUGUAGCAUAUAGGUCCGGUUCUACCGACGGUGAAUUGUUAUGAAUGAAUAAUACUGAUGAAGUGACAACCGGAACGUGUACAGAAUCGGACCAGCAGUUAAGACGUCAAGAGAGCUAGGGUCCCCAAGAUACAAGAUACAAGGCAGCAUAGCUGACCGGCAAGGCCGCAGAUAAUAUUCACGUAGUACUAGUCAGUAUGAAGUGCAGUUCUGGGCUCCCAGUACGUUUCUGGGUGUUUGGGUAUGGUUCGUUGAUAUGGAAGCCUGGGUUCUCUUACACGUCUAAGACUGUUGGAUACGUGAAAGGGUUUUCAUUAAAAUUUUGGCAAGGCAACUGCACGCAUCGAGGAACUCCUGAAAAGCCUGGAAGAGUUGCUACACUGAUUACUGACAAAAAUGCACUCGCGUGGGGUGUUGCGUACGAGGUUGUUGGUCCUGAGCAGACAGAGGAGGCUUAUGAGCACCUGAACAUGAGAGAAUGCAAUCUAGGUGGUUAUCAGACGUGCAUCACCGACUUCCAUGCCCAUGCUGGUGACGAUUCCACCGCGCUGGUUUCCACACUACCCGUAGUUGUGUACAUAGCAACAGAGGAAAACCCGCACUACGUCGGCGCAUCGUCGAUUGAUACAAUGGCGCUGGACAUCGCGUCAGCUGAGGGGCAGUGUGGGCACAAUGUUGAGUACCUGAUGAAGUUGACGCGUUUCUUCCACGAGGAGGAUCUGCUUGAUGACGAGCUGUUUGCGCUGGAGCGUGCAGUGAUGCGAAUUCUUGACGAACGCGGUGUUCCACUCUCCUCGCUCAUGAACCACUCGUGCUGUCCACUCAACGAUGUGCCUGAGCUCGAGACCUCCGCCCACGACCGCGAGAAUUUCAGUGCCUUCUGGUGGGAGAAAAUUCGCAGCGCUCCCUCAUGGCGCGCCGCAUUGGAGGAUGUCGAAAAGGACCGGGGCAGCAAUGACAUUGAAUCUCUAACGAUUUGUGGCACAAUUAAGGAGGCCACGUCAAAAACUGUGAAGGUGGUGGUUUGACGGCUGCUGUGUGUAGUGCUGUAUGUAGUGUGUAUAAUGUCUGUGCAAUGUUUUAUUAUUGGAUAAAUGAAAGAAAGCAUGUUGCCAAAGAGAUAUUGCAAUUUUUUUUACCUCAUUACCAAUGCAGAUAUAUAUUAAUAUAUAAAUUAUAUGAUAUAUAAUUUGGUUUUUAAGUAUUGUUUAUUUCAAUUAUGUAUUAUGAAAACUGCUGCUUAUUAUUGGAAAAACCCAAACUUCUCAAUCAGGGCUGUCUAACUGAAGGGAUGGUCAAUAAAGUAGCCAUUAAAAUUGCUUGCAUAUACUAUGUGUUAUGUUCAAAAAUAAUAUUUGGUUGAAAAUCAUGCCACCCGAAAACUAAAUAUUUAAGUAGAAAGUUCUUCCAUUUUCUUUUGCCUCCUACAUCCAUCAGAUUGCACUGACGCAAAUAAAACCAAUUAUCUAGAUUACAUAAA